GAAGCUGGGCAGUACCACCCCGCAGGUGAUGAGCACAAGCUCUCCGUCGCAGCAGGCAGAAAACGAAGCCAAAGCCAGCUCCUUGGUCACCAUUGACGAGUCGGAGCCCACCACGAACAUCCAGAUCCGGCUGGCAGAUGGCGGCCGCCUGGUUCAGAAGUUCAACCACAGCCACAGGAUCCGUGACGUUCGGCUCUUCAUCGCGGACGCCCGGCCGGCCAUGGCGGCCACCAGCUUCGUCCUCAUGACCACCUUCCCGAACAAAGAGCUUUCGGACGAGGACCAGACCUUGAGGGAAGCCAACCUACUCAACGCGGUCAUUGUCCAGCGGUUAAUCUAAGGGAAGCUGCCGGCCAGCUGGCUCCAGCACACCCCACGUCGUCGUAUAGCCCUGCGUGUGGCCGUACCGUGCAGUGGAGGGUCACAGUGCCAGCCGUGGCGCUCAGUUCUAGGCUCUUUGGUUGGACUCUUUAGUUGCAUUUCCCAUGUUUUGUUUUCUCUCUCUCUUUCUCUCUCUCUCUCUUUUUUUGUGCUGAUCUAUGGACUUUUAAAUAAUAAUAAUUAAACCAAACACACGAACUUUGGAACGGAGCAGCAUGGGCUGCCUGAUGUGCCUCCCACCCCCGCCCAUGCCCACCUGGUAACUUAUGGCACAGAUGGGAGGAGGAGAGGAGAGGGUAGAGGGUGCAUGAUCAUCCCACCACCACCUCCCUCCCUUCUUCCCUCCUUGCUCCAGGGGUAGCCACAAAGUUCUUCCAUCUCUUUGGUGUAUUAAAUAAAGUUGAACCCCCUCCAUCGGGGCCUCUCUUCUCUGCUGCCGGCCAUGUCCCCUAGGGUCCUUCUGUGUUCGGUGUCAUGUGGAUGGAGCUGGCCCAGGGAGGGGCUUGCUCUUAGGCCCUUGUUCCUGUCCUUUCCCGCCACCUUAAGUAUGCUCACGGAACCCCGUCCGUCAUCCACGUUUGUGUUCCCCAAUUUCACAGUGUCCUUAGCGUGAUCCUACUUGAAAAAGUCGAGAGGUUUUCUUGACUCUUAAAGAAAAAAAAUUUAAAGCAAAGUAACCCUAAAAUGGCUGCUUCUGCGAACAGUAGAAGCAACAGAGCAGUAGGUUUCCCCGGUGCAAAAGAUGGGGUGGGGGUGGCCAUCUAUGGCAUUUGGGUAGAUGGCAUGAAAAGGAUCUGGGGGGGGGCUUGCCCAUCUUUGGAGAGGGCAGGGGUUGGCCUAGAGAGUGUGACUCAGCUUUCUGUCUUGCUCCUGAAAGAUAACUGGGAUUUUUCCACUUCUGUGAGUUUCCCAUCGAGCUGUUCCAUCACUGUGUUUUGUGGGAAAUGCAUCCCUUGGCUGCCUUCUGCUGUUUCUCCUCUCUCCUUUGUUUUCUCUCUGAUCGACGGGAAACACACCUUUGCUAGCCGUGCGGAAAGCCCUAGGAAAGCACCCAUCGGAGUCCUUCUGGUUGCUUAGAGAGGGGUGCACCUCAGUCUUUGAGCAGAUGCAGGUUAAACUGCUUGCACCAGGUGGAGGUUGAAUACUCCCUGACGGGGAGGGAGAGCAGAAGCAUCUUCCACGGGGGGGGGGGCGUUGAUGCGUCAAGAGCCUGCAAAGCUAGAUCUGAGCCAUGCUGUUUCGUAAGCCGUUGAACAUCCCACCUGACAGUUCAGAAUGGGAAUGUUCUUCCCUCGUGGUUAAAUGGGUUCACAGUGAACUCUGUACGUUAUUGUGACAACUGUGUGAGCAUUAAAAACCCACGUUGAACCUA